AAAGGUUUGUAACUACCACAAAUUAAACCCCCUCUCUCUCUCUUCUCUCCGACAAUGGCGGCGAGCCACCUCACUGCAGAUCAGAUAGCUGAGUACAGAGAAGCCUUCAGCCUCUUUGACAAAGAUGGAGAUGGGCAAGUGAGUUGCCAAGAGCUUGGAAUAGUACUAAGAUCAUUGGGGCAAGUAGUGACGGAAGCAGAGCUGAAAGAAAUGAUAAGAGGAGUGGACGAUGAUGGGAGUGGGACAGUAGACUUCAAUGAGUUUGUUGGGCUAAUGUCGAAGAAGCUGAAGGAUAACGAGGCGGAGGAGGAGUUCAAGGCGGCGUUCCGGAUCUUCGAUAAGGACCACAACGGCCUCAUCUCCCCCGACGAGCUUCGCCAGGUGAUGAAGAAUCUCGGCCAGAGAUUGACUGAUAAAGAGGUGGAGGAGAUGAUUAAGGAGGCCGAUGUUGACAACGAUGGCCAGAUCGAUUACCACGAGUUUGUCAAGGUCAUGAUGUCCAAAAGGCGACUGGGGGGUGUGGAAAGUAAAGACCACAGCCACAAAGGAAAUGGCAAUGGCAAUGGCAAGAAAACUCGCAAAUGGGAACGUGUUCGUGAGUGUACAAUUCUGUAAUUUUCAUUGCAUAUUUUCACUUUAUGUUCAAUCAAGGCUUGAAAAGUCUGUAAGAUGUGCUACAUCUCAAAUAAUGUUAUGAUGUAUACAUACAUUAUAAUAUACAUGGAUUUCAUACUC